AACAUACGAAAGUUAUCACUUGUAUGGGGUGAGGAAAUGAGGCCACGCAGCAACAGUGAAGAAGAUGUUCUCCAAGGCCUCCGGCCACACCCAAAUUUGGAAAUUUUAGAGAUUUACAAUUUCAUGGGUGCUAAAUUUCCAUCUUGGAAGCCGCACAACAACUUGAAAAAAAUUCAAUUAAUUCAGUGCGACGUAUGUGAAGAAGCCCCCAUGCUUGGCCAUCUACCUAGUCUUAUGCAUCUUGAGUUUAAUACAAUGUGUAAUCUAAAACGUUUGGGAGAUGAGUUUUAUGGCUAUGAUGACAUUGAUGAUGCAAUGAAGACCAAGGCUUUGUAUCCUGCAUUGAAGACGUUCAGAAUUAGUGCGGCCCCAAAUUUGAUCGAAUGGAUUGAACCACCAGUGGUGAAAGAAAAUCAAAUAUCCGUGUUUCCUCGCCUUGAGGAGUUGGAUCUCGUGGAGUGUCCGCAAAUGAGAAAAUUUCCUGAUCAUUUUGCAUCCCUUCGUAAGUUGGAUAUGAGUAUUUGUCACGAGCUGUCAAACCUAACAAGUCUGGUAGAAAAGUGUACCUCUCUUAAGAAUCUGGAAAUAAGCAACUGCGACAAACUUAGAUCCCUUUCAUUAUUUGGUUUGACAUCCAUCCAGAAAUUGUUGUUUAGUUCACGUGGUGGUAAAUUAACAUCAACGAGCCUGCAUAGUGGACCAGAAUUGUACGGCCGAGUUUCUCUUAAGGAGUUGUCCAUAAAAUGUCCAUAUCUUGAAAAUUUGGAAAUAAGCUGCUGCGAUAGUCUGAUGUCCAUUUCAGUUCAUGGUGCAACAUCCCUUCGAGGAUUGAAGAUUAGUUCAUGUGGUGGAUUAAGAUUAAUGGACCUGCAAAGUCUACCAGAAUGCUAUACCCCUCUACAGGUGUUGUCUUUAAGGUCAUGCAAAAGUCUGGAGUCAAUUUCAGGUUUACACGAAUACACAUCCUUUCGUGAAUUGACCAUUGAAGAUUGCGAUGGACUAAAAACUCAUGCAUCGAUUGGGCUUGAAUCUUGCACUUCUAUUCGUGCGCUGGGCGUCCACGAUUUGCAACAAUUGAGGCAGUAUGCAACUGAUGGGUUAGACAUGUCUCUUAUUGAGGAGUUGACCAUUUAUAAAUCCCCCAAGUUAAUAAGCAUUUCAAAUCACGGUCUAACGACACUCCGCAAAUUGGUACUUAUUGCAAGUUAUGUACUGGAAUUGUCCAUCGUCAGUAGUACUACAAUGGAGGAGUUGUAUUUACAGGAUUGUACAUCCCUUCAUUCACUGUGUAUCGAGAAUUGUGAAAGGCUGAGGCAUGUUUCGGUUGAUGGGCUAGAAACACUCAUUAUUCUUGAGGAGUUGACUAUAAGGAAUUGUCCUAGUUUGACAUUCAUUCCAAUCAAUCCAUGUCUUCGAGGAUUAGUGAUUGAGGGUUGUGAGAAGCUUUCAAGUCUGCCGAGUGGGUUGAAGCAUUGCAACGCACUUGAGAGGUUGAAAAUAAGUGGUAGCCGAAACUUGGUAUCCAUUCCAAUUUCAGAUGUAUUGCCGCCAUCCCUGGGGCAAUUUGUAAUUGAAGAUUGUGCUCAACUAUCAAGCCUGCCAGGCCGUCAUGGAUCUCUUGAGGAGUUGAGUAUAGUGAAUUGCCCUAUGCUAGGAUGGAGUUCAGUUGCCUAUGGGGGGAUGAGUCUGACCGCCCUCCGAAGAUUGGUUAUUGCAAGUUGCAGCGGACCAGAAUUGAACAUUAGAUUUAUCACUACUCUUGAAGAGAUUUCUUUACACGAUUGCACAUCCCUUGGCAAACUGAGAAUAGAGGAUUGUCAGAAUUUUAGGCAGAUUUCUUUACACGAUUGCACAUCCCUUGGCAAACUAAGAAUACAGGAUUGUCAGAAUUUGAUAUCUCUGGCAGAUGUCGAUGUAACUAGCUUGCAAUCUCUUUCCAAUUUAUCAAUAAGUAGGUGUGAGAAAUUACAAUACUUGCCGACGGGUCUACGCACUCUGACUCGUUUGAAAAAGUUGUGGAUUGGUGGAUUCUGGGAGGAGCUCGAUUCUUUCCCGGUUUCGCAAAUUCCAUCGUCACACAAAUUAGUAUUUUGGGGGUGGCCUAAGCUUAAGUCUCUGCCUCAAGUAAUUAAUCACUCGACUAAUCCUGUAACAGAAUUUGAGAUAGUUGAUUGUGACGGGCUGGAGACUCUUCCAGAGUGGUUGGGUGACCUUACAUCUCUCAACGAACUAAAUAUUUACACAUGCAAGAAUCUCAAGUCUCUGCCUUCCGCCCAAGCUAUGCAACGCCUCACCAAACUAAAACUUCUACAAAUUGCUAUAUGUCCCUUUCUGGAGGAAAAAUGCGCCAGGGGUACCGGCACGGAGUGGCCCAAGAUUUCUCAUAUUCCAAAAAUCACAAUUGAUUAAGAUGAGGAUGAAGAUUGAAUAUUGGCCUGAGAUUCCUCACAUUCUAAACUUCAGUUGUUUUCUACAUUUCUUGCCAGCUUCUUUGUGUUUGAUCAGCCAGCGUCCAGAUUCAAGACCAAUCCAAGUUCUCACUCCCAACACUUCGGAACAUGAGGAGGUCUGCAUUUUUCAGCGCUGAGUCGGAAAGGAGGGCAUUGUUCGAAUUCCCUCGUGUAAAUGAGACGUCCCUCCAUUGAUAUUUGUUAUCCUGCGGUUUACUGUAGGAUGUUCAGUCCUCUAUUUGUACCAUGGAAAGUUCAUCCAAGAAUGUACGUUCUAGAGUCGAGUUAUUCUCUAAAUAUUUUGCGAGAUUAGAAAAGUGUAAUCCCAUUUUUCAGAGUUUGUCACAUGUGCAAACACCACACGAGUCUCUAUUAGCUCUACUAAGACCAUCUUCAACGGUC